AUGAAUGUGCCCGUGUCCUCCUCAUUCCUGUCCGAUCAGUCUGGACGCGUGCCAUUUGAUAUUGAUAUUGAUCUGAUACUGGCGAAUAUGGAUGCUGAAGAGUUUCUUAUCCAGGAUCCGACUAUCGCGGACCAGACUACACUUCAUGAUCCCUUACAAUUGCAAGCUGACUCAUCGCGCAAUGACAUGUCAUCGCUCUCUUGUCUCUUGGACCCUGCACUAUCUGAUCGUUCUGCCUUCUCAAUUCGUCGAAAUGAAGCAUCUUCCGCCGGAGAGUCUCCAUGGUAUAGCAAUCCAGAGUUUCAGUUCAAACCCGACUGCUCAAGCUCUUACAUCGAGACUGGGCAUGGCCUACCCACUGAGUCCAUUCCACAUACAGCCACAUCCGAUCAGAACUUCCCAGCAUCGGGUACCAAUUCAUGGAAUAGAACAACGAUAGAUCAUCACAAUGAACAAAUCGUUGACCAGGCGGACCUAUCCUGCAACCUGACACUGCAUCCCGUAUUGUUGGCAGACCCCGAAGUGAGGAGCAGGUCACUCCCCGUACCGUCUUGGAGGAAUGGCGACGUCGCACCCAUCACUACCACCCGUCUCAGUCGAGAAUCUCUCCAAACUUUGAAGAAAUGGCAUGGACUAAAUAGUCGUCAUACCUAUCCAAGCGAAGAGGAAACAGAAAUGCUCCAACGGAGGACUGGCCUUAGCAAGACGCAAAUUGCCAACUGGAUUAUCAACGCUCGUCGCCGAGGCAAGCUGCAGCCCAAAAGGUCUUCAUGUACCUAUUCCCCCCCAAUUGCGUCUACCGGACCUAUUGAUAUUCCUCGUCGGCCUGACACACCGGCCAUCAAGGGCCCAAGGCCCAGCCAUGAUCCUCUGCAACGUUGGGUCGAUUCACCACCUGAAGAUGAACCUGCAUCUGUUGUGGCCAUUGCAAGAGCCAUGCAUUCGAAGCGAUGGGACACAUCCAGCGCUGCCUUUGCUUCGAAUUGUUCACCUACUACUCAAGAAGGGACAUUCAGCAACGGUUCCUCAGCAAGCAGUGUAGCCACGUCUAGCGCAGGUUCAUUUGCACACUCGCAUUCCUCGGACGGCUCGUUCCAAGCAGCCACUUUCAACUCCCUCAAUCAAAGAAAUGGUCGUCGUAGACGGAAGAAAAGAGUGCCGCCGAACCGAAGCAACCAGCGAACUUCGUUGAUUGUAUCGUUGAAGCCAUUUCAGUGUACUUUCUGCCCCGAAACAUUCAAGACUAAGCACGACUGGCAGAGACAUGAGAAAUCAUUCCAUUUGUCUCUAGAAAUGUGGAUUUGUACACCUGAUGAACCCAGAGCGAUCAACCCCAACACGCAGCAACUCUGCUGCGUCUUUUGCGGUCUACCAUAUCCGGAUGAUGCGCAUUUAGAGAAGCACCAUCAUGGUAACGUCUGUAAGCCGCGGACAUUCGAAGAGAGAACGUUUUAUCGCAAAGACCAUCUGAAUCAACACUUAAAGCUCGUUCAUAAUACCAUGUUUCUCAACUGGUCUAUGACGAAUUGGAAAAUCGUCAAGUCGGAGAUUCGCUCACGGUGCGGUUUCUGCGGCAUCAUCAUGAAUGACUGGACGGAUCGGACUGAUCACUUGGCGGAGCAUUUCAAGAGCGGAAAAACAAUGGCUGACUGGCAUGGUGACUGGGGGUUUGAGCCAUCGGUGCUGGAAAUGCUCAGCAAUUCUAUUCCGCCCUAUCUCAUCGAAAAUGAACAACAAUCCCCUUUUCCAUUCAUCGCUAGUGUCGCGCCUACUGAGUCUCCGCGGAACGCAUACGAGCUUAUUACAUUGGAACUUGCCUACUUCAUGGCCAACCACGAGGAAAAGACUAAUACCCUCCCGAAGGACAGAGAUAUUCAGGUAGAGGCGUGUCGUAUAAUUUAUGCUUCUGAAGUGCUGUCCACGCAACGAGACAUCGCAGCAGAAUCCUCCUGGUUACGAGACCUCGUCAUGUCUUCAGACGAGAUCGCGUCAAGUGCAAGAUUUGCACCUCUCCGACGACGAGCUGAAAAUAGGAGUGCAGUUCUCAAGAUCAAUGGAAAAGACAAUCUUUUCGAGCAAUGUCCGCUUGAGGUCCAACUGAACGACUUUGUUCAUGUUAAAGUCCUUCGGAACAUGGCGGUAUCAAAUGGAAUGCUCCAAGAGGAAGCUUGUCACAUUAUUCGGCGGAUGGAAAAGGCAAGCAUUUUGCCAUGUCGUUACCCUGCUGACUGGCUCGUGCGACUUGUCAAGUCAUCGACUGGAUGGCUAAGCAAUUUCCGCCAACGAGCCAAUCUUCCAGCUUCCGUUGAUGCUGAUGCUCCUGUUCAUUUGCUACAAGAAACGGCGCGGAAUAUAGACACCUACACCGGACUUGAGCGAUACCUGGGAGACUAUAUCGACUCCCAGAGAGCCAUAGGCAACGAACCGUCAAAUGGGGAACUGGAGCGGACAGCUCAUUCAUUCAUCUACCAAAAUGGAUUGCAUCAUGGGAAAGUGGACAACUCGGAAUGGGCGGCCAAUUUCAAGAGGCGUCAUGACCAAACACACUAUGGGACAGCAGCGGUAGGAACCUUGAGUCCUGGGCUGUCACUCCGUCAAGACGUGCUACCAAACGAGCCACAACCCAACUUAGAGAUGCAACCAAACGAUGACACUGACAGUCCUGGGAGAUUUGAAGAUUUGAUGGCAAACACCUUCUUCCUGAAUGAUACCGAUUGCUAUCGUCGUCUGGCACAGGAGUUGACCCGAUUCGUCACCUCUACAAUGUCUCCUAAUAAUCCGAAUCGGCAUGUUCCUACCGAUGCAGAGAUCCAAUAUCAGGCGCGAUGGAUCAUGUUUGAUUGCGAUGACCCCUGGAAUCAAACUGCUGCCGAGAACAGUGAAUGGCUAAAUCGGUUUAAGCGCGACGUAGGCAUACUGCCUCCAAAGACGUGA